AUGUUGUUUUCAUUCUUGACGGUUUUGGGCCUUGCGGCCUCGACGCUGGCCGACGAUUCUUGCUUGGCACCCAGUCAUGGACUGCCUCCUGUCCUGUACUGGAAGUGGGAGCCAACCCCAAUCUUUUCCUCGACACCAAACGGGCUCUCUGGAGCUUCUACCGUCACUUUGAUUGAGUGGAAGACUUCAACCAUCACCGCUGUGGUGUCUGAGACCGUGUCGACGUCCGUGUCUUCGGUCUCGGUCCAGGCUGCUGGUGAGACCAGCACGCCUGCCACGCCUGCCUCACCUAGCUGGGCUGAGUGGGAGCCAUCUUCUAUCGGGGUGCCCAACAACCCCAAGGGUCCAUCCUCGGUGAGCUCCUCGAUCUCCACCGCUGGCUCCUCGGAUUCAUCGAUCCGCCCUAUCGCAGCAGCUUCUGGUAGCUCUACGACGCUUCGCUGGCCACUCUCUGCAUCCACCACACUUGUCUCCCACUACCUCGACUUGAGCAGCUUUUCGACUUGGACUGCCAGUUUCUCAAGCAACCAGCCGGUCGCAGCCGUCUCUGGAAAGCCUCAGGCAUCUACCACAUCUGUUUCAGCCACGUCGACGACCGUGGCCGAAGCGACAUCUGCCGCUUCUUCCUCUUCUCCUUCUUCCGCCUCCGAAGUCUUCAUCGGCCUGGGCACACGCUACGGCGGUUCCUGCUCGGAGGAAGACUGCUGGCAGAACGGCGCCUGCAGCUUCGUCGACUACACCCUCCCUGCCGGGAUUGACGGGUCCACCUGCAUUUCGGAAGAGAUUUGGAACAAUGGCGCCAACUGUGGCGGCUGUAUCUCUGUCACUUACAAGGGCAAGACCAUCACGGUCAUGGUUACGAAUCUGACUGGAGGCAACGCCACGCAUCUGGACAUGACCCCCGACACUUGGGCCAAACUCACCGACGCAUACUCUGGGGGUGGAGUCGACGGCAUCGAGUGGGAGUGGGUCACUUGUCCCAUGGCCGAGACGGAGCCCCUGUGGAUUCGGAUGCACGGCGGAGCGUCCAAGUUCUGGUUCGCCGCGACGGUCGAAAACGCCCGGUAUCGAACCUCCAAGUUGGAGGUGAGCGGCGACGGGGGGAGGACGUGGCAAGACACCACCCUCGACAACUACAACAUUUUUGUCCUCGACGGGACCCUCCCCGGCGACACCGCCACCGUCCGAGUCACCAGCGUCACAGGCAGUCAGGUCGUUGUCGACAAUGUGGCGCUCGAGUCCAGCACCGACACGAAAGCCGCGGAGAACUACUCUUGAUUUUCCGAGCACUGUUGUCUCUGGGAGACCAAACACGGAAGAAAUAGAGGACAAAACUCUGCGCGCGCGCCGCAUUGAUUCGGUCAUUUCUCUUCUUGUACAUAGUCAU